UUCAGGGACUGCUGAAGCAAGCACACUGUUCCUUAUGUUCAGAGUAAAUUCUAUUACUUGAAACUAUGGAUCUUAAAAGUAUCUUCUGUCUGGAUUGCACAGGAUCAGUGCUUCAGAAACUUGUCUACGUUCUUCUAAUGAUGUUCUGCCACAAGAUACAUAGUCACCUGGUCUCAGAACUGGAAUAUAAAGUGCAAGAGAAUGAAGAUGAAGGAGUUUUUAUUGGGAAUAUAGCCAGUGAUAUAUCUUUGCCAUCAGAAACUGAUUGUGACUCACUGGCUUACAAAUUCAUGAAAGAAAUGGACUAUGUGAUCCUCAAGAGUGAGAGUGGGGAGCUGUAUACAACUAAGCAGAGAAUUGACAGGGAAACUUUAUGUCCAGUUGAAUUCCGUGAUGGUCCUUGUAUCCAGGAAUUCAAUGUGAUUAUUCUAUGUGCUGAUCAGUAUCUGCAAAUGGUGAAGAUUAAGAUAGUCAUCCUCGAUGUCAAUGAUAAUGCACCGUAUUUUGCAGAACAAGUGAUGAAACUUUCUAUUCCAGAGGAUGCAACUGCAGGCAUGUCAUUUGGAAUUGACUAUUUUGCUACCGACAAUGAUACUGGGAUUAACAACAUUCAGAAUUACUAUCUUGAAAAUAGCCAAAAUGUUUUCAGUUUGAAAAAUGGUGAAACACCCUCCAUUGUUAUCCAGCAGUCACUAGAUAGGGAGGUAAAGGAUUUGUAUGAGAUGAAAAUUGUGGCUGUGGAUGGUGGCACACCAUCUUUAUCUGGAACCGCCACACUUCUGAUUGACAUUCAAGACAUUAAUGAUAACUGCCCUGUUUUUAAUGCAUCAGAGUUUAAUGUUCAGAUCCCCGAAAAUAUGUCCUCCAACAGUGUGGUUGCACAGCUUCAUGCUGUGGAUGCAGAUCAAGGACCUAAUGCUGAGAUCACCUAUUCUUAUGGCAAUCGUGUACAGGAUGUAUCCAAGAAGUUAUUUACCUUAGAUAGUGCCACUGGGCUUAUCACAUUUUCUGGAAAUAAAAGUCCAGAGACACCUCCUGAACAUAAACUCACAAUCUUAGCUAAUGGUCCAGGCUGUGUUCCAGCAAUAGUUCAACUUACAGUGUCUAUUGUUCACAGUAGCAAAUAUAGUCCAAAGUUGGAGAUCAGCUAUAUAGCUAACCAGGCAGAUGGUGUGAUUUAUCUGAAGGAGACUUCACCUGAAAACACCCCAAUUGCCCUCUUAGAGGUAACUGACCCAGAUCAUUAUCUAAAAGGGGCACUCUACAUCAGUGGCGAUGUGCCUUUCUAUUUAAAGCCCUAUGAAAGGUCAAGAAAUAAACAUUUGGUUGUCACAUCACAGCUUUUAGACCAUGAGUUUGAAAACCAAUAUGAGAUUGUCAUUAAGGGAGAAGAUCCUCAUACUCUUCAUGAACUAACAAUACAUGUCAAGAUUACUGAUGAAAAUGACAACACUCCACAAUUUUACCAAAGCUCUUUUGAAGCUUCCAUUGAAGAAAACAAUGUACCCGGAGCUUUUUUACUGAAGAUUUCUGCAACAGAUGCAGACAGCGGUCAGAAUGGGGAAGUGGUCUACCAAUUGGGACCUGAUGCUCUACCCAUCUUUUCAAUUGAACAGCUUACAGGGAAUUUAACAGUGUCUACUACAUUGGACAGAGAAAAAGAGAAGCUGUACCGGUUCACUGUUUCUGCUGUUGAUCAUGGAGUUCCUCCUAGAAAGAGGAGUACUAUUGUAACCAUUCAUGUCUUGGACCAGAAUGAUAAUGUGCCCUCCUUCCUCACUGAUGACUAUACAUUCUUUAUUCCAGAAAACUUCCCGAGACAUGGUGAAAUUGGAGUUAUCAAUGUAACAGAUUUAGAUGUGGGGCCUAAUGGAAAUGUUACUGUGUCUAUCCUAAAUGGUAGUGGUAAUUUUUUAAUGGACAACACAAGAGGAACCUUACGCUGCAAUUCUGUGGUAGACAGAGAGAAAAAUACCAUGCAUGUAUUCUGGGUUGAGGCUGUAGAUGGCGGGAAACCAUCCCUCUCUGCAACAGCAAAAGUAACUGUGUUUGUUCUAGAUAUAAAUGAUAAUCCUCCAACAGUAUUACUUCCUCAAUCAAAUAUAUCGUGGCUUCUUGUGCCCCCAACCACACCUCAAGGAGCCACAGUGGCUGAAAUUUAUGCUAUCGACCACGAUGCUGGUAUAAAUGCUGUCAUGAUUUAUAAUAUUAUUGGAAGAAAUGGUCCUGCCCCUCAUGUGUUUGCAAUCAAUACAGCAACAGGAAAUAUUACAUUGCAGGAGAAACUGUUGCACAAAGACUAUGGUUUGUAUCAACUACUAGUAAAAGUCAGCGAUAUUGGGCAACCACAGCCGCUUCACUCCACCGUAAUGGUCAAUUUGUUUGUCAACGAGACUGUGAGUAAUAGAAGUUACUUAGAAGAGUUGGUACACAGGCAAACACUUUUCACAGAAGUGGAGCAAACUGAACCAAAUCCAUGCCCAUUAUUACAGACAUUAGACAUUCCCUGUUCACCUCCAAUCAUUCCCGUUGCAAUCACAAUGAUCAUUGUCUCUGCUAUUUUCUUUACCGUUGCUCUUUGUAUGCUGCUAAGCAUGAAAAAGAAAAGCAAAAGAAAAGAACUUUAUAUAGAUGCCCAGAUACCAUUAAAGAUAAAUCUUGACUAUUAUACAAAAGACUGGAAUGAUGAACAGUUGUAGAGCUUAAACGUGUUGAAGAAAACACAGAA